AUGGCGCCUAUUCGUGUUGGUAUCAUCGGUCUGAGCAUCGUCACCCCCACCGGUCAGGGUUACACGUCUGGUACCUGGGGUCUCAUGCAUCUCGAGUCUCUCAUCAAAUCUCCACACUACAAGAUUGUUGCUCUCUGCAACUCCACUGCCGAAAAGGCUCGCAAGUCGAUCGAGCACCAUAAACUUGAACCCACAACAAAGGCUUAUGGCUCCCCUGAGGAUUUAGCCCAGGACCCGGACGUCGACCUCGUUGUCGUGUCUGUUCACGUCGGCAAGCAUUAUUCUCUGGUGAAGCCUGCACUUCAAAAUAAAAAGAGCGUCUUUGUUGAGUUCCCUCUCUCGGGUUCCUACCCCGAAGUCGAGGAGCUCACAAAGCUUGCCAAAGAAGGUGGCAUAAAGACUAUCGUCGGUGCUCAGGCUCGUGGCAGCCCCGCGUUUGCCAAGGUAAAAGAGUUGCUCGAAUCUAAAGCAAUCGGUGAUGUUAUUAGCUCCAGCUGGACUGGUCAUCUACCUCUCUCAACCUGGUAUGGAUUACCGCAGAACUUGAAGGAUUUUCUGGAUCUGAAUGGUGGACCAGGCCGCAUCAACAUUGGUCUUGGACAUGGUCUGGAGCCAUUCAUCAAUACACUGGGGGAAUUCAAAGAUCUCCAGGCUGUCCUAAAGAUCCAUGGCAAGACAGCACCCUUGUUUGACGACACUGGCAAGGUCGUCGAUCCGGCAUACAAAGUAACAGCUCCGGAGUACAUUUUGGUACAAGGCGUUCUCGAAAGCGGUGCCGUCGCCUCGAUCAAUCUGCGCUGCACUCCAGCCUCUGUUGACGAGGAGGGGUUCCGAUGGAUCAUCAGCGGUUCCGAGGGCGAAAUCGAGUUUACUGGUCCUGCUGGUAGCUACAUUCAAGCCAAUUUCAAGGCGAAGGUGUUUCUCAGAAAGUGGAAGGGUGAAACCGAGGCGAUUGACCUGAGUCGUAAUGAACAAGAGCAUGUCACCAGUAUUGGUGAUUUGGGCAUCAACACGGCUCGUUUGUAUGAGGCUUUCGCAACAGGGAAUGAGGAUGGAUAUCCAUCUUUUGAGUCGACGAGAAAGGUACAUCAUCUGAUUGAGAGGAUCAAGAGCGUGGCUGUGUGGGCCCCUUAG